GAGUAAUAGAAAUAGUCAUAAUGUCUGACAGUCAAUAACUUGACGCGAGUGCUGAAUGAUUUCAAGCAAGGACGAAAUGAUCUAUCAGCGCCAUCAUGAUCCUGUAAUUCAUUACUUAGGAUGAAGGAAAACUGUUGAAACAAAAUGACCCGACGAGUGACAUGGAAGAGUCUUUCUGCUUUGGGGCUCGGGCUAGCCCUCAAUGUCGGCACACUUCUUGCUGCAGCAGACACGUCUAAGGAUGCCGAGGCGAAGGCGAGGAUGAGACUACCUACCGACAGCGACAAGCCUUCGACACUCGUGGAGGAAGAACAUGUUCUUGUUGGAAGUGAGGUACAUCCACAACACGAUGUUGAGAAACUCCAGGACGCACAAGCCCAAGAGACAGGUGGUUCUUCAGGAGGAGAUUACUGGAGCGCCAUCAUGAAUUUUUUCAUGCCAGGAGCAUCACAAAGUAGUAGGAGUUCUACUUCUAUUUCGAGUAGCUCUACAACUAGCAGCGUAGAAGUAAAGAACAAGAAAACUUCCAGUAAGCAUGGCGACAAGUAUCUUCGGCGAGAAGGAGCAAAGAAGCACCACGGGCAUAGGAGGCACAAAAAGGGAGCUCUUGUUGAGGGACAUGUUGAUGUUGAGAAAGCGGAAACCCAUACGGUGGAACAAGAAAAGGAGAAAGCUGUAUCUUCGACAUCUCAAAUAGAUCAAGAAUCUUCUAGAACUACCACGGCAUCUGAGAGUGGUUUUCCUUUUUCACAGCUUGCAUCCAUACUUCUCGACGAUGGUGUUAAGCAGGCUGAAGAAGACUUCUCUGUGAGUGGAAAUGCUGCAGCUGUUGUUCCUGAGGCGCCUACAACUAGUUAUGACAAUUUCGAUGCUAGUGGCGAACUCGAGAUCAUGCAGAGUAGGACUUCGAAAAAUGUAGCUGAACUACAAGAACAUCAUGGUCUCACACCUUCUACAACAAUUUUUACCUCUAAAUCAAUGUCAGGAGUACAACUAGACACGCCCUCUUCCAAUAUUAAGGAAGACAAUCCCACAGCCGGUCCUGAGAGUCCGGACCAGCAGCAGCAUCGUAGCACCUCCAAGAUUGCCGACGACUACCAAACCAAUCAAGAACUUCUGGCUCCAAGUUUCAUGAACGACAAAAACGAUGGGCCAAGGCAGUUGAUGCAUCUCCUGGGAAUUAAAGAUCAGGUCAAUCCAACUGAUGAGGAUGAGAAUGAAAACGAGGAUCCAAGCAGAAGACGUACUUCUUCUUCAACAUCACAGCAACCAGCAGCAAAAGGUUCUCUAGGGUCUCUAGGUUUCGCCGACCAGAAUAGGGCUAUGUCUGCGCAACAGGCAUUGCAAGAUCUAAGACGAGAAGUUCGCUCAGCUUUUGGGGGUGCAAGGACAGGGAAAGUUUUGCUGGCUACGAGACGAUCGUUGCAGCAGUUCGAUGAAGAUUCUGCGACGCUUUAUGAUUGGGUGCGUCUCUGAUUUGUUUAGACUCCUGAAGCAUUCUAGAAGUAUCUCCUGUUCAUCACCAUUUUUGGUUAGUCGUAUCACUUCUUCAUCUUUCCAUGUUGAUGUAGUAUGUUAGGCAUAGGCUUCCAUAUCUUGUUUUGGAUGCCACUCGUCCCCACCCCAAGCAAAUGGCCCUUUCAUCUUUCGCAUCGCAGAGUGAAAAUGUUCUUAGCGAAGCUUUCUGCUAUGUGGGGAGAGCUUAGCAGUGCAGAAGCCGUACUGUGGAAGGCCUCUGCUGUGGAUUUAGGUGCAUCUGUUCUGAACUACGAGAAUGCAGUUCAGAGACGCCUGCAAAGGCUUUCUCGGAAGAUGACUAGUGAACUACCAUCAGAUUACAUCAAGAAGUAUCAGCAGAUUGCUGCAAAGUAUGAUGCUGAGGAGGUGGAGGCGGAAGAGGAAAUAAAGGUAGAAGGUGGUGGUGACCAGGAAGUUGGUGGUGGUGGUGACUAUGCUGGUAGUCGUGAAGUAGAAGGAGGAAAUGGAAAUGAGGAGGAGCAGCAAGAACAAGUAGGGGCAACGUAGAAUCUGAUGGACAUAGCAUAGCGUGGCGACAUACUUAGCAUAGCGGACACAGGCUCAUGGGUGCUGACUGAGAAAAGCAGAAGCAGAAGAGCAGCAGCCUGCAGAACAACAGUCGCAAACACUGGUAAGGAGAACAAGUGUUGCAAGAAAUUCAGGCAAGAAAUUAAGGCUGGCGAGGAGACUGUUGUAGGCGAAGAACCCGCGAUACAGCUGCUGAUGGCGAGCUAAGAGAAACUGCCAGUGCGCCUAGAGAAACUGCGGAGGCAGAAGGGAAGGAGGGUAGCACUGUUGCAAGGGAAGACCAGUAAAAAGUCACAUAAACUCGUCUGUGACAGUGACUCUGAUUUCUGCGAAGCGUGUGCGUGCGUUUCUUUGUACUAGAAGUAGAAUGACAGAUAUCUUGUUUGCGAAAAUACUUCCGCUCUUUGUUAAUAUUAAAUGACAGACAAGAAAUUUAU